AUGCCUGUCUUCCAUACCAAGACUAUCGAGAGUAUCCUCGAACCAGUGGCUCAGCAGGUAUCGAGACUUGUUAUUUUACAUGAAGAAGCUGAGGAUGGAAAUGCGAUGCCAGAUCUGGGAAGGCCUGUACAGGCCGUUAGCAUGGCUGUAACUAAUCUUGUGAAAGUUGGAAAAGAAACAAUAAACUCAUCCGACGAUGCUUUACUUAAGCAAGACAUGCCAGCAGCAUUGCAACGCGUUGAAGGUGCUUCCCGUCUUCUGGAGGAAGCAUCGGCCAUGUUAAAGGAAGACCCAUAUUCUGGACCUGCUAGAAAAAAGCUUAUAGAAGGCUCGCGCGGUAUUUUGCAAGGCACCAGUUCCUUACUUCUCUGUUUCGAUGAAAGCGAAGUGCGAAAGAUCAUACGUGAAUGCAAACGUGUACUCGAUUAUUUGGCUGUUACCGAAGUCAUUGAGACGAUGGAAGAUCUGGUGCAUUUUCUUAAGAAUUUAAGCCCGUGCCUUAGUAAAGUGUCGAGAGAAGUAAGCGCUCGUGAAAAGGAGUUGACGCAUCAAGUACAUCGGGAGAUAUUGGUGCGCUGCUUGGAACAAGUAAAAACACUUGCUCCAAUUCUGAUUUGUUCCAUGAAGAUUUUCAUCCAUAUUAUUUCACAAGGUGGGAAAGGCGCGGAUGAAGCAGCAGAAAAUCGCAACUAUUUGUCUGGCAGAAUGUCCGAUGAAUUGAAUGAAAUUAUUCGGGUGCUGCAACUGACAACCUACGACGAAGAAGAAUGGGAUGCCGAUCAAUUAACCGUACUGAAGAAGGCUCAAAGCGCCAUAGAAUCCAGGAUACGAGCAGCUUACGAUUGGUUGGACGACGGACUAGCUCUGAGAGGUGGCGUAGGUGAAAAAAGUCUUCGUCAGAUCAUAGAACAGGCAUCGCGUUUAGCGGAGCGUUAUCUACCUCCGUCACAGGCAGAGCCCAUAUCUAAACUGGCCUCACAGAUAGUUACUAUGACUGACGCUCUUUGCGAAUUGCGCCAAAAUGAGAAAGGCACUACACCCCAAGCGGAAGCCUUAGCACGCAGUAUUAAAGAAAAGUUAAACGAGCUCCGCGGCUUGGUAGCGUCCGCUUUGGUAGCGGCGGAUAAAUCGGGGACCGCACAAACAGCGCACACGGUGGCAGGUCGAUUGGAACAAGCGAAUAAGUGGCUUCUGAAUCCACAGCACGAUGACAAGGGACUCGGUAAAAGGGCUAUAGCUUUAAUAAUACACGAGGGAAAAAAGGUGGCCGAAGGCUUGCCGGGUAUACACAAGGCGGAGAUCUUGCAAUUGUGCGAUGAAGUGGACAACUUGUCUCAUCAGCUCGCCGACCUCUGCGCUCACGGUCAAGGAAACACCCCGCGCGCUCAGGACAUCGCGCGGCAGUUGUCUCACAAGCUCUACGAAUUGAAGAACAGGAUACAGCAAGCCGUUGUGUCUCGCGUCGUCGAGGAUUUUAUUGACAUUACUACGCCCUUGAAGCAAUUCACGGAUGCUGUUUUAACUCCCGCAGGCACGCCGGGACGUGAUCAGAAUUUCAAUGAUAAGACAUGCGCGCUGCAAACGUUCUCGAAUAGAGCAGCAAAGACUGCGAGGAUGGUCGCAGCUGGCGGAAGUGGAGGAAACAAGAAGCUGGCCGAGGCUCUGGCCGCCAGUGCCUCGCAAGUGGAAUCCUUGACGCCGCAGCUGAUUAACGCUGGACGGAUUCGCAUGACUUAUCCGGAUAGCAAGGCCGCGGACGAACAUUUUGAAAAUUUGCGGCAGCAAUAUGCGGAAACUAUGCAACGGACACGGGCAUUAUGCGAUGAGGCGACCAACAGCGGCGAUUUUAUUCGAACGUCCGAGGAGCAGAUGCAGAAGCAUUCGUUUCUCUGCGAAGAAGCGAUUGCCAAAGCCCUACCGCAGAAGAUGGUCGAUAACACGGCGUCUAUUGCGCGUCUCGCCAACCGAGUUAUACUCGUGGCAAAGCAGGAGAGCGACAACAGUGAAGAUCCCGCCUUUAUACAAAGAGUAAAUCACGCUACCGACGUUCUCCAAAGCAGCGUCGCUCCAAUGGUCCAAGAUGCAAAACUGGUGGCAAUGAACAUUCAUGAUAACAAUGCUGUAUCGCGUUGGAGAGAAAAUAAUCGUGCAUUGUUAGCCAAUGUUGGACAAGUUCGUAAAGCUAUUGUAGUCCAGCCGGAUUUGGUGCCUCUGGAAAUGUCGCAGUUACAUAUUAACGAUGAUCAAUUUCCAAUCCGACAUACGUAUUCCAAAAAUAAAGUAGAGAACCCCGAUAUUUUGUACCAAGAAUUGGCUUCUGACAACGAGUUUGACAAAUCGAUUCACGACGGAGGUUAUUACGAUUAUAACAUCGACGAUGAAGUGGCACCUCCUCGUCCACCUUUGCCUGGAAGCACGAUCCCACCUCCGAGACCUCCUCCUCCCGAGACGGACGACGAGGAAGAAAUGUUUAUGCAUGCUCCUCAACCUAAUCAACCAAUAAUGAUGGCCGCCCAUGGUUUACAUCAAGAAGUACGACAGUGGUCCAGCAAGGACAACGAAAUUAUUGCCGCAGCGAAGAAAAUGGCUAUUUUAAUGGGCAGACUAUCGGGAUUAGUUAGGGGCGAAGGUGGUAACAAGCGGGAUCUUAUCGCAUGUGCCAAAGCUAUAGCGGAAGCUUCCCAGGAAGUGACUCGUCUUGCGAAGGAGCUUGCUAGGGAAUGUACUGAUAAACGUAUUCGAACGAAUCUUCUUCAAGUUUGCGAGCGUAUACCUACCAUUGGAACGCAAUUGAAGAUACUGUCUACAGUAAAAGCCACCAUGCUCGGAGCACAAGAGACACUUCCGACCUGGGAAGAGCUGAUGCUUUAUGGUACGGAAGAAGAUCAGGAAGCGACAGAUAUGCUUGUCGGAAAUGCCCAGAAUCUCAUGCAAAGCGUGAAAGAGACGGUACGUGCAGCGGAAUGCGCCAGCAUAAAGAUUCGUACAGCUUCCGGUAUAAAACUGCGCUGGGUACGUCGUCAGCCGUGGUAUCAAUAUUAAAUAAUACAAGAAUAUGGUUUUUCAAGAGAAGAACACAUGCAAGUGCUUAGUAUACACACACACACACACACACCCACACACACUAGUUUUACACACACAGCGUAUUAAUAUACAUACAUAGGGUGUUUCUUAAGUACAAAAAAUUGAAGGAAAUGUUCCAUGGCUUAUUUUAGGAAGAAAAGGUCCUAUAAACAAAUGCCCUAAACUGCUUCGUCUUCAAAAUACAGGAUGUCAAAGUUGUGAAAAAAAA